UCGACUUACCUAUAGCCCUCGAGACACUUAAUGCUCCGUUAACUCGCAAGUCUCCCAUACACUCCAUCACUACUCCUCCCAUUUUUUGUAUCCUUUGCACUUCGUCCUAAGAAAGAGAACUGUUGUUUUUCUUUUUUGCACUUUAUCGUAAACCGUUUGAAAACACACUAGGCAUACCGAAUAUCAAUUGUUUUUUUUUUGUACAAACAAACUUUAACCAAAAAUUUUAUGUCAAACGAGUCAUUCAAAUAAAUCAUAUACUUAAACAUUAUUAAAUCGCUAUUAAAAUUGUAAAUCUAGAAUAUUAUUUGAAAAUGACAAUCAUAGGAACACAAAUAGACAGCGAUAAAAGAUUAUUGGAAUUCAAAAGUUAUGAAGAUUAUUUGGAUUCCUUGGUAACAUUCGUCGACCUUGGAUACAUAGGAAAUCUUUAUACUGUGCGUCGAUUAGCUGAACUUGGAUAUCGAUGUACAGGUGAAACACUUAGCGAAGAAGCAUUCUAUCAGCGUUUAAAAGCUGUGAGAAAUUUGCUGUUUCCGAUCUAUAGAUCUUACGAGCUAACAUCAGAAUUUGUAACGCCAAGCAAUGCGGUAAUGCAAGAACUUGCAUUUCGUGAACGUUCAAAUAGAUUGAAAAUCAUAUCCACUAUAAUAUUCGUAAGAAAUUUUACAAAACUUCAAUUCGAGGUCUCCGGUUACAUAGACUUCAGCGAAAGACUCGAGAAAGAAAAUUGGCUUCCGUAUUUUCAAGGAAAACAAAAACUAUGGCCUCGUGCAUCCGACCUCGCAUAUUAUUAUUGGAGAACAAACAAAACGUGCUUGAACGAAACUUCUAAUUAUCAGCCAAUUAUAGAUCCAAAACAUGGUCUUCGAUUCAAACACUGUCACGACAGACAGUUAAUUACCGUUGAUCCCAGAAUACCCUCUCCAGGUGUAGAUACAACAAGAAUAAGAGUGCGUUGUCCAGAAUAUGAACAUGUAAUAUUAUAUGAUCAUGUUAUUCGGUGUAAAAGUUAUACUUAAGCGAGAAAUAUGUAUUUAAGUGCAUUUCUAAUGUCAUAAUCGUGUUAAAUAAAUACUGGCGUGUACUCACUUUACGAUUAAGUCGAUGAGGAU